AUGAUCGAUCAGAAAUCAUCCUCAACUCAAAAUCACCACCAGCAGGACCCACGGUCAGCCUCGUCAGCCUCUCUCCUUCCACCACCCCCACUGCACUCAAACAGGACCAGCAUCGACAGCAUCGACAGCUUCAUCAAUGACACUAACUAUAGCCUCAGUCAUAGCCAUCCUCCUCCUGUCAAAGCUCGCUCCCCUCUCUCCAACCUUGGCGACCACAUUGUCAAGGUUGCUCGUCGACUGUCCAUGACCUCUUCACCCAAGGACAACAAAGACAACAGCUACAAUAUUCCACCUCCGCCUUCGCUCUUGCUCCGUUCAGGAACAACGUCCCCGGACCUCUAUCGCAAACGUAAUUCCACGCUAGAAGACCUCCAACAAGCAACGUCGCGUUCGAACAACGACAACAAGAAUAAAGAGAGCAAGGUCAAGAACAAGAAGCUCUUGGUCAAGACAGAUCUGUUUAACCUACGUUCCAAGAGCAGCAGCAACAACAACAACAACAACAACAACAACAACAAGAACAACAACAGCAACAGCCCAUCUCAAGUCAGUCUGACCGUGGCCACGCUUGAAAUGUUGCUGCCAGGAUCAUCGCCUCCGCCGACGCCUCCAAGUAAAGAAACGUUCUGGAAGUCCAUGGGGAUGUUUGGUCGACAGGCUAUCUUCACUGAGAACGACGACAGGCUUGUCCCCCAACAAAACAGCAUUGUCCCAGCUCCUUCCCCCCCUAUCCCUGCUGCCCCUGCAUCGAGGCUGGCCCUUCGACAGGCGGUGUCACAAGAGCAACAUAAACAAGAGCAGCAGCAGCAACAACAGCAGCAAGCUCGUCGUCAGGGGUCAGAAGGUCACACGGACACAGACAACCCUAUACACGACAGAGAGGACGCGUACUCGGUCAAGCACCAUCCUGCAAAUACGAUGGACACCGACCUCUCUCAACCGAGUAUCAGCAAUGAUAUGCAGGACAGCAAUGAUAUGCAGGACAGCAGCUCCAGUAUCGGCAGUGAUCACAGUCUUGUCAUGGAGGACGUCUUUGAAUUCUGCGACAACGUCUCGGCUAAUAAAUCGUGUGACAACACUUCACGGCUGUCCUCGAUGAGGGACGACUCUACAGCGAACACAACCACAACUGCAGCUUCAACCCAGCAGCGGAGAGAGCCUUCAGAGGACUGGACAAUCGAUCGAUACCACCGUCAACAGCAACAACAACAGCAGCAGUCGUUAGGUGCACCAGAGCAACAUCAACGACCACCCGCCCCCAAACUGUCCGACAAGAAGCCGCUGAGCGCUCUCGAGAGGAUCAAGCGGCAACAGAAGCGCCAUUCGCAGGAGCAGGAGCGCCUUGCAGAGUUAGCCCUGCCACAAGAAUUAAUGACCCAACCCAGCAUGGGCGCUGUUGGAUAUGUAGGCUCAGGAGAAAAUUACGUUUCGCCCGUGCGAGCCGUUCAUCACGACCUUGUACCCAAUCAGUCCUUUCAUCCCCUUGCAACCACCUCUCAAGCGUCACCCCUCCCAAUAUUUCAACACCACCACCAACAGCAACAACAACGUCAACAAGCUCAAGGUAGUGGACAAGGUGGAGGUGGGAUGGCACCAACUGACCUAGGAGCGUCUAUUAUCGGUACCGACUCUGCCAUGCUUGACCAGCUUCUGACACUGAUCCCAGGACCUAACCGACCCCGCCUUCCUUCUCAGAUUGAGUGGCAGCAAGGGAUCGAAGAACUUCGACAGCGGCGCAAUUAUGCAGGAACGCUAACAAAUUCGGUUGGGCGUCAAAACUCCAGUGGCAGCCGUCAUAGUCAGGACUCCAGCACAGAUAGGAGUCGGCGUCAUUCGAUGCCAGAUAUGCCGCAUGGACAGAGCCAAGAGGGCCAGGAAAGACGAUCUGGAGAUAACUUUCGAAACCCGAUGCUCAUGGCCAGCAGCAGCACUUCUCCCUCAUCGCCUACUAUUUUAAACCCCAACGCUCAAAUGAGACGAUCGGUCGUUGGAGACCGAGAACAGCAAUUGCUUCAGCUGCCGAUCCAACGACACUCGAUUGCAGAAACACAGGCUAUUGAUAUCUCGAUGAUCUCUUCUACGGCUCUUGCAGACUCGAAAAGGGUGACUCGGAAACGCGCAGGAAAGAGAACGUCUGCUUUAGACAACGUUCAAGAACAAGAAGCCCCUGUGGCUAGGUCUUCCAACACAACGGUCAGCAAGGUGGACAAAGAUGUUGUGAACAUUGCCUUUAGCGAGAUGCUGGCGACACUCUCACUGGCCCCGACUACCAUUAGUCAACUGGAGUCAUUACCUACAAACCGGAAGUGGGUGAUGCUUCAAUCCAAUGACGCGAGCCCGUCCUUGCCACAGGCCAUACCUCCGCAGGUCAUUGUUGACCUACUACUGGAAUACUCGAACAAGAAGAGGCGAUCGUCCCGAGACCAGUUCGCGUUUAACCUUGCAGCUGUGACAGCCACUGUAACUGCGGCAGAUUCGACUCCCAAACGACCCAUGGGGAUGUGGAGAAACUUCAGCGCCACCGAUAUCACAAGUAACAGCAAUACUGUGAAUGGAUCGCUCCGAUGGACGAGCGAGUUCAUCAACAUUGGAGGACCACUGGCGGUACUUCAGCUCUGUCAACACGUUCAGAGGACAGAGGAAACAAAAUUGGGUCAACGGAGGCGCCUUCUUCAUCAGAUUAUUCAGUGCAUCAAAGCGAUCGUGACUCUCGACGGAGGUGUAGCGUCGUUGACAACUGAACCCAUUUUUUUCUCGCUCAUGAGGACCCUGGCCAUCCAAGAGACACCGGCAUUAUCGGCCACAACCAAGGACUUCGCGCAAGGAUCAAAGGUCAAAUCAGGGGGACUCUUUGGCAUUGUUCGCGGUGGGGCUUUCGAGGUACGCGGACAGCGAUACCGAUCCUCAUCUAUUCUUAAACCGCAUCCACACUCACGUGUCGGUAACCAACCUCCCUUCCAGAGUUCGCCUGCCCUCUCAUUAGAUCAGAUUCCAACAUUCUCCAACACACAGGGGGCUGUUCAUAUAUUGAACGCUAUCUUGGCAAAAGAGCCUGAGCUCCGAGACAAAGUCUUGCAGGACACGGUGGCGGAUCGCAUUUCGAGUCUCGCCCAAAGACGGAAUAGCGAAAGGACCGCAUGGAUCUUUUCUGAGUGGAUCGGAUAUUUGAAGGAGGUCAUGCACGUCUGCGGUAUUGAGGCACCAGUCGCCAUGUUACCGACAACACUCCCAUACCUUGGCCGUGGAAAAGAUGACAACAGUCAAGAUCGAGAUCGAAAGAGUAGCUCGCCUGCUCGUGUGACCUUGAUGGCUGCUGGAAUUGUAUCCCAUGGAUGCGGUUCCUCAGGUCCAUCGCUCUCGACCUUUUCACUGGAAAAAAAUCGAUACGGAAGCAGGCACAGUGCCGCUGCUACACCUCAGGCCAUCCAAAGCACAGGGAAUGUUACGACUGACGGGAUCAGAUUUGAAUCUGGCGAAGAUCGAGAGGCCCUCACGUAUUUGACCGCUCAUUUAGAGCUUGUGUCAAGACUCGUCUUUGAGAUGCACAUGUCUUCACCAGGUCUUGCCUUUGCGAAGAGCAUCAAACAAGAGCUAGAGGACUACCUUGAGCGCCUGAGAUCAACAUUCAUUCAAAAUCAUGAUCUGCGUGCCCAAGCUGAGGAUCUUGAGAUACAGCUUUCAGUAACACCAAGCACUACGCAGAUCAUGGCGAGUCUUCUGGCAAAGGACCUGCCCACUAUUCCCCCUAUCGAUUCACAGCCGUACUCUCAGCACAGUCGCGGUCAACAAGGAUGCCAGCAGCGCCAGAAAUUUCCCGCUGCAAGACCUACGUCCCCAACAUUUCAGCGGCCGAUAUCACAUCACAUUUAUCAGCUCAGCCAGCAAUCUCCUGUCUUUCAACACCUGCCAGUCCCGAAUGUCAAGUGCAACUCUGAAAUCGAGCCAAAGACUCUUACUAUUGACAUUCCUGGUCGAGCCAGUGGUCUCGAAGACGAUAACAAUCGUCGCAACAAUAACAAAUCCAGUAGCAUCACCGGCACCAGCGGUAGAACCGUCAACGACCAACGUGCGACGAACAAUGGGGCCACAAGGAUCGACUUAAAGGUUCAACAACGGAUGUCGCAUCUCCAGUCUCAGCAGUGGCAGCCAUCACAGCGCUUUGAUAUUAAUAGAGACAAUGGGAAAGCGUUAGUCAUGCAGGGCGGUGCUAUCAGUCCCGUGCUGGUCAAGCCUCCCAGUCGUCGCAAUUCGUUCAAAAAGAAAGUCCCUGACGGAGAUCGGUCCAACAACUCCGGGAACUACAACCCUCUCCCGCCAUCACAGACCCAGCAGCAGUAUCACCAGCAAAACCUAGCUGGACGAGUAUCCAGGCAGAUCGCUUUCCGAGAGGACGUGACUUCCAAUACCUCUGCACCUUGCAGGUCAGCACCACGCUCAACACCCUCGACGUCUGUUCCUCCAACGCCUCUCAGCCCUACCCCUGACUUGCAACUGCCCGACAUUCCGUACAAAAGCAAGAAUCGACCAAACUCGAUGGAUGCGAAGGCAAGAAGGCAUGACGACAUUGGUGUUCGUGAUGAAAAAAUAAUCAUCAAGCUUGAUUACCCACGCCAGCGACAGCAGGAGCCCAAGUCGCGUCAUUUGCAGCAUCAUCAGUCUCCGUCGGUUAUGCCUUUGUCCCCGUCGAGAGCCAAUCAGGAAUCCAGGCAGAAUCCAUCCGCGGCCAAGGAGAACGUUCGAGAAGACUUCCAAAAGUUGGUCAAUGGAAUGGAUGUACUCAAAGAUGGUCCCGGUACUUUUGGAUACGCUCGGCGCCCGUCUAUGAAUAGCCAGGUGUACCUUCAUAGCAAUGCAUACGACAAGCCAUGCAGUGUUACAGAAUCAGCAACGAUGGCACUUGUCGAUAGUCACAUGCUGGCUGCACCCCCAGGAAGAGCAGGAUCGGCAAUGCCAAGCGUCGGUCAAGCCUGCCCAGAGGCUAUAUUACAUGGCGUCUACAAUGUCAGUAUCAAUGGAUCAGUGAUGUCAACAUGUUCUUCGAUAACCUCAUCUGGCUUCUCAGCUCCUUCAAUGUCCUCUGCGUCGUCUGCCUCGCCUCCGACAACUCAGUCCAAGAAGUACUUGCCUCUGUCUCCGCCCCAGCACCAGAUGUUGGAGACCCCUUCAAAGCUGCCAAGAAAGACGACUUAUUUGUCAUUACCAUCUACCACCAUCAUACAACCUACAGCAGCUCCAGUCUUCCCAACGGCCGCAUUUUUACCAGAAUCAUCAACACCUAUUCCUCUCAACAACAGAGAGAGUCGCUACAAACCAGGAGCGGACAGCAUAACGACGAAGGAAGUGCACCAGUUCCGCAAUGUCGAUUUCGAUAACCAAAUCCAAGAGGAUGUGCGCAAACUAGCCCCUUCUUCAUCGAUGCGGUCCGUUUUCACCGUUCACAGUAACAACAAUAACAGAGACGACGGUAGAAGCAAGGGCGACUCGGUCACAGCAGGCUCUGCUAUGGAGGUUGUGGGUCGAUACUCGGUGCUGGCGACAGACCCCAAAGUCCUAGAGGCGCCUAUUAUUGUCCCUGAGGACAUGUCGUUGAUGCGAGAGCAGUACAUUCAGGCGCAGAUUAGCGAAUUAGUUGUUCCACCCAUGGUACGUAAGGCAUAA